AUGCCUCCCAAGUCUGCUGCGAGGAGCAAGGCGGCCGUCGACGACGAGCUUGGCGAGCUCUUUGAGGGCAUCGGCGUCGAGAACGCCCCAAAGAAGACCACCACCAAGGCCAAGCCUGCUGCGGCUAGUUCUAGGGCCAGCGCUGAUAUCGACGACGUUUUCGCCGAGCUGCAGAACCAGAUUGACGAGAAGCCCAAGACAUCUUCUAGGCCAGAGACCCCUCGCGUCAAAGAGACUGGUACAAAGCGACCCGCUGGAGCUCCCCCGGCCGCAGCUGACAAGGCCGACGACAAGACCAUCGCGACACCCGCCCGCAAGUCGGCCGAGAGCGCGCCAUCAUCUCAACCGACGACCGUCCCUAACCACUCUCCCCCCGAAGUUGAGGAACCUGCUGCAGCUGCACCUCAACCUGCACCGGCAGCUAGCGGAGGUUGGUGGGGCGGUUUCAUUGCCAGCGCCAGCGCUACGGCCGCAGCUGCUGUGAAGCAAGCCGAGACCGCGGCCCGCCAGCUGCAGCAGAGCGAAGAGGCAAAGAAGUGGGCGGAACAGGUACGAGGUAACGUUGGCGCCAUUCGUGGCUUUGUAGGCGAGGAGAUUCGCCAUCGCGCCUUGCCGACCUUUAGCGACCUCAUACAUACGCUCGCACCGCCCAUCGCCUCGCAUGAACGUCUCGCGAUCCACAUCACGCACGACCUCGUCGGGUACCCGUCCCUCGACCCGCUCGUAUACGGCGUCUUCUCUCGCGUUAUGGCUCAGGUGGAGGGCGGCGACCUGAUGGUGAUUCAGCGUGGCCAGGAAAACACGGUCCGGCCGGCUCGGCCGUCAUCCUCUGCCUCGGCCGCCGCGUCUGCCUUCUUCUCGGCCGGCCAGUCAGUCUACGGCUGGCGCGAUGGGCCGUGGUGGCGUGCCUCGGACAUGCCAAGGGACAUGGGCACGAUCAAGGGUCUUGCCGAGGGCACCAAGCUGUGCCGCGCCAGCGCCGAGGCCUACGCUUCCGAAUACUUUGCCGCCAAGGGCGGGAUCGACCUCGCCCGCCAGCGUGCCGUCGAGCCGGUCUCUGAAGACAACCCCGUGCGCAGCUCCGACUUGUUCUUGGCACUCCAGGCGAUCAAGGUCGACGCGAGCAAAGACUUGUUUGCCGGCUCCCCUGCCGCUGAGGCGAAAGCGGCCGAGGGUGACGAUGCCUCGGAUGUCCACGACGACGGCAGGGGGGGCGAGGAGAUUGUAUUCGCCAUCUUUGUGCUCGAUCCCGUCCACGACAUCUCCUUCAGUACCGUCAGCCAAGCCGUGCCGGAGCAGUGGGUGUGCUGGCUUGACGCCUCGACGCCGCUCACUCCGACCAGCAGUGGUGGUGACGAGCUCAGUAGCGGCGGCGUCUCUGCUCCCGAUAGCGAGCAGGCCUUCUUGGAGCGGGUGCCAGAGGAGAUCCGCGAUGUGGUCGAAAGCGGCGGCGUCGACCCGCGCGAAUGGGUCGCCGAGUGGAUCGAGGAGCUGCUCAACCUGGCCAUCGGUAUUGUCGCACAGCGCUAUGUCGCACGCCGCAUGGGCGUUGGUAUUGGAGCUAUCGGCAAGGGCAAGAGGAAUGUACAGGCCGUGGUUGGUGACGGUGGUUGCGAGGCUGCCCGAGCAGGACUCAUUUGA